AUGGCGCUCCCUCCAGUAGCGCUACCAGGACAACUGCUUGGCAGUGUCGACAAAUACAGUCCCGGUCCAGGAACGCACAUUCACGACUCACAGAUCUAUGCCUCAAUAGCUGGACCCGUCUUCUCUUCACCGUCACACCCUACCACGAACACGUCCUCCAAAUCCACCAAACUCGCACCACUGCUCUCUAUAACGCGCCCGCCCACCUCCACUGAUCCUGGAAUUCUCGGUCCCAAUUCUGGCGGCGGCGUACCACUCCUCCCAACGGUCAACAGCACAGUCCUAGUCCGCAUAACGCGUCUCGGCCCACGCUUCGCCAGCGCAGAGAUCCUUGUCAUUGACGAUGCAGUUUGCCGCGAAGCGUUUUUAGCACAGAUUCGGCGCGAAGAUAUACGGGCUACAGAGAAGGACAAGAUAAAGAUUGAAGAGAGCUUCCGGGUCGGUGACUUGGUGAGGGGCACGGUGAUUAGUUUGGGCGACAGCGGCAAUUACUACGUUGCUACCGAUCGAAAUGAAUUCGGUGUUGUCUUGGCAAGAAGUGAAGAAGGUAGGGUCAUGCAUCCGGUUAGUUGGAAGGAAUUUAGGGACCCAGUGAGUGGGAAAGCAGAGGCGAGAAAGGCAGCCAAGCCGUUUUGA